AAACAUAUGGCGUAAGAAUAGGCUGUUGAUCUUUAAAUCUUAAACAAGGUUCGUCAUUUGAUACCUGAAAGUUUUAAGAUAGAGAGAUAAAAGAAAUGGGAAGUAUUAAAAAGAAAAGGGUAUUGCUUUUUCAAUAACCGCAUAUUAUAGUUUAGUGUAAACAAUAGUGCUGAAGUCAUCCAAUAGAUUCAAAUUAGAGUAGACAGGCAAAUAUGAUGAGUUCUGUGAUGCUUUAGAUUAAGCCACCUAUGGUAACAACAUGGAUGUGAUUAAACAAUUCGAAAAUUUUAAGGAAAGUCUAAAACCAAAGAUAAAAGGAGGAUUCUAAUUUGGAACAAUAAAUGGAGUCGAGAGUUUGGAUUUAAGUACAUUCGAGACUAAAAAAGGUAACUUUAAAACGAAGUAAGGAUCAACAGAUUUAAUUGUUUUUUGGGUAAAAAUUAUAACAUUAAUGUGUAGUCAUCAGAGAACGAAAAGUCAACAAGAGCUUUGAAUGAAUUGAAUAAUUGGUUAAGUUUGAAUUAAAAUCUAAAAUUAUAAAUAAAUCCUAUAGCUGUAUCUUUAGAUGAUGAUUCAAAUAAUUUUAAGAAUUAUCUAAAGAUAAAUCAAUUAACCUAAUUCCAGCAUUAUCGUUAUAUAUUAGGUUGGGAUUCAUCAAAUCCUUUUUAAAGAGCUAUGGAAUUAAAUUAUUUACCAAAGAUUGCAGUAGUAGGAAAAGAGAAUUAGGUUGUUGAAGUCACACGUAAAGCUAGAGAUGUAGAAAAUAUUAUAAAAACUUAUUGGGAAGCAGGCUCUGAAAGUGAAGAUGAAGGUAAAUAUAGAGAACUUCUCGAUUAAUAAACUUUUAGAUUUAUAAAAAAAGCUUUAUCUUAAUAAAUUGCAGAUUUACUCUCUUAAAAUAAAAGUUUUGCUAAAAGUGAUUUUAUAAGGCUAUCUUUAACUAAAUGUUAUAAGAUUGCUUAAGAUGGUUCUAAAGAAAUAGUAGAAAGAAGUCAUUUAAAGGUAUCAUAUGAGGUUUCAGUAUAAUCAUAAUAAGCUAUAAAACUAUUUUUAAAUAAUGUAACAUCAGUAUUAGGUAAAGAUAAUGUUCAUGUUAAAAGAUCUAUUGUUAAGGAUCCUACAGGAAUGUUAGAUAUGAUCACAAGUGGAUUUUAAGAUGUUCUUAAGAAAAAUUAUAAAGUAAUCUAAGAGUAUAUAGUAAGAUCAGAAUAUUUUAAUUAUGUUCAUGAAAAGGAAGAAUUUUAACCUGAUGUAAAAGUGGUUUAAAAGAAAGCAAUUUAAAAUCUAACAUUUAAAGAAUAUUAAACAAUAUACUCAUAAGUGUUACCAAUAUUUAAGAAAUAUGAAUAGGAAAUAGAUGAUAGUGAUGAUGAUCCUGAUAAUGAUGAAGAAUAAGAAGAAGAUAAAAGAUUAAUUUUCGAUAGAGUAACUGAAUUGACAGAUUGUUUAAAAUCUGGUUUAGAAUUAAGUUUAGGUUAACCAUUUUAAACAAUAUAAAAUUAUCAUCCUUAUGGUAAGGAUUAAGUAGUUGAUAUUGAACAUAAAGAAGAUUAAGUUUUAAUAGUAAUGUAUUGGGAUGAUAAUCAAUUAUGUAAUAGAUAAUUUACUUAAAUUCUUAAAGUUCUAUUAGUAAAUGAAGAAAAGUUUAAAGAUAAAUUUAGAUUUGUUGCUUUGAGUAAACAUAAAUAUGAUACAUAUGAAAUGUUCUUUUUAAAAAAUUAAGGUAUUGAAGAAAUAAUAGAAUUCUAUUUCCCUAGAGAAGAUAAUUAAGCUGAUUAAGUUUAAUACAAUGUGAAAUAAUUCCCACAUUUCAUUGUAGUAGACAAAGUUGGAUCAAUUAGAAUUUAAUCUUAGAUUGAAGAUUUAGAAUCUGUUUUAAUAACUUAUAUUGAAGAAUCUAUAGAAAGUUUAAAUUAAAAAGGACCAUUAAAUGAUGAUGAAUAUAGCGAAAUAACUUAAUUCUUAUAUUCAGAUGCUAGAAAGAAAUUGAGCCAAUUAAAUAAUAAGAGAUAGUUUUCACUUAGUUUCAUCUUUAAAGAAAUUGAUUAAGGUGAGAAAGUGCUUAGAUUCCCUCCUAUUAUUGAAUAUACCAUUAGAGAAGGUAAAUAAAAAUAUCUUGAUGCCUUCCUUGCUUAAAUGAAUAAAGUUAUUCCUUUAUCCAAUUUCUAAAUCAAUUAAACUGUCUAACGUACUUUAAAUUUAUUAUUCCCUGGUAAAACAUGUAAAUUAUGUUAAAAUGAACUUAAUGAUUAAACAUAAUAAUAUUAUAGUCCAUUCUCUGAUGAAUUCUAUUGUGUUAAAUGUGCAGAAGUCGUUGAUACUAAAGCUGCUGGAUAUAAAAAGUUUAGAGUCUAAGAUAAUUUGAUCUUCUUUAAUGCUCCUCUUGUAGACAAAUCUGUUUUAAAUGAUAUUGAUGUAUAUAGAAUAGGAAAUAAUCAAAAAGUUAAAAGAGGAGAAUAGUAUACAUAGAAUCAUCCUAUAGAUUGUAAUGGAUGUGAUAAUGAUGUUAAAGGAUUUAGAUACAUUGUAUUAAAUUGUUUGCCAGGAAAACUUACUGAUUUAGUAUAUCUAUUUUAUUUAUUUUAAAGGCACUAGUAGAUUUUUGUCAAGAUUGUUUCAAUCAAAUUAGAACUGGAGGACCUAGACUUGAAAGAAUUGUCAAAAGAAACAAAAUCUAUGGUUACAAUCCUUCCAUGCUCUUGCUUAGAGUACCAUUUUAUAUGGGAUAUUAUGAUUAUUGAGUGGUA